GAGCCCAGGGUCGAAGCUUCUUCCGCACCGCUCGGUACGGUCUGCCCCACGGGUCCUCCUCCAGCGUUUGGAGCCACUCCUCCCACGCUCCCUGCUUGGCCUUCGCAAUGGCGAAAGAAUCGCGAACGGUUACUCCAAAAAAUUCCGGAGUGGCAGUUUAGAGCUCAUUACAGGCUGAAUAAGGAAGAGUUCCACUCGUUGUGUGACGAGCUCAGGCACAAUACCAGUUUAAAAGGUUCGAAAACAACUUCACUGGAACUUAAGGUGCUGACAGCAUUGAACUUUUAUGCCAUGGGUUCAUAUCAGAAAGGUGUUGCUAAUGAGGUACAUAUGAAUCAAAAAAGUGUAAGUCGGUGUAUCAGAGAGGUGACAAAAGCUCUGAAUGAGAUUUCAAAUAAAUGGAUACAAUUCCCACAAACAAGCACACAAAGAACUAAAAUUAAGCAAGGAUUUUAUACUAAGUUUAAUUUUCCUGGUGUAAUUGGUGCCAUUGAUUGCACCCAUGUGGCCAUAGUUCGUCCAGCUGCAGAUGUACUUUGUUUUUAUAACAGAAAAGGCUUUCAUUCUCUUAAUGUCCAAAUGGUAUGUGACAGUGAUCUCAGAAUCACUAAUGUUAAUGCCAAGUUUGGUGGUGCAAGUCACAACAGUCAUAUCUGGGCAAGUAGCAGACUGCAAAGCCAUAUGGAGGCUCUGCAACUAUCUGGCAAGUCCGUUUGGUUGUUGGGUGACAGUGGUUACCCUCAAAGGAGCUACCUUGUGACACCUAUUCUGAAUGCAGAACCAGGAUCUAGAGGAGAGAACUACACUAGAGUGCAUGUCAAGGCCCGAAGCUGCAUAGAAAGGGCAUUUGGUUAA